AUGAUGAAUUCUAUGUCCCUGAGUUUCAUCCUUCUUUUUCAUUCAGUUUUCAUUGCCACCCUUUUACUAUUAAGCCAUUGCACUAUUGCCCAAUCUGAUGCCAAUAAUUUGAUAGCUCAAACAUGUAAGCAGACACCAUAUUCCAAUCUCUGUGUCACUUCUCUUAAGUCUGUCCCUAAAAGCUCCACAGCAGAUGUCCAGGGGCUAGCACUCAUUAUGGUGGAUAUAGUGAGGGCUAAAGCAAGCGCAACAUUGAAACUCAUCAAUCAGGAGCUUAAAAGGAGCCCAGAAUUAAGGCGAGCUUUGAGAUCCUGUGCUGGCAAUUACGAUGCAAUUUUAACAGCAGACAUCCCGGAAGCUAUUGAAGCCCUGCAGAAAGGCGACCCUAAAUUUGCUGAAAGCGGUACAAAUGAUGCUGCCGUUGAAGCCAGUUCUUGUGAAGCCAAUUUCCGUGGCAAAUCUCCCCUGACCAAUUUGAACAAACUAGUGCAUGACACCUCGGUGGUUACUUCGGCAAUUGUCAGGCUAUUACUUUAA